ACGGUUCAGUUGUCUCCCUAGCCAAAACCGCACCUACCCAUAUUUAUACAGGGCACCAACCUAUGGCAAUUGGGUUUUCUCUGCUAGCGCUCAGCGUUUGUGACUAGACAUAGCCCCAAUGUGCGCAAUCCCAAAUGGCUCUGGACUCUGACACACCGACAUUGGAGCCAUCGCUUUGAUUGCAAAUGAUGCUUUGCAAACUUGAGACACGAUGUAGGGGAAGCGUGAGGAGAGCAGGCAUUAAAAAGAAAAUCUCGGGAGCUGUUAUUUCCAUGUACCGCUGGAGCGUGGGGUCUAUUCCCGGCGCCCCUUGGAAGAAGCUCACUAUGCCCGGGCAGAGCCUGGAGGAUUUCUCUCUGGCUCAUUCGGAAGACAAUGAGAUCAGCAUCAAUGUCGGAGGUUUUAAGAAAAAGAUGCGAUCCAACACCCUACUAAGAUUUCCCGAAACCAGGCUGGGCAAACUGCUGAGCUGCCACUCAAAAGAGUCGAUAUUAGAGCUCUGCGACGAUUAUGAUGACGCCAAGAACGAGUUUUACUUUGACCGGAACCCCGAACUUUUCCCCUACGUGUUACAUUUUUACAACACCGGCAAGCUCCACGUGAUGGGCGAACUCUGCGUGUUCUCCUUCAGCCAGGAGAUUGAAUACUGGGGCAUCAAUGAGUUCUUCAUUGACUCAUGCUGCAGCUACAGCUACCAUGGGAGGAAAAUGGAGCCAGAUCAAGAGAAAUGGGAAGAGCAAAGUGACCGGGAAAGCACCUCGUCUUCCUUUGAUGAAAUCUUGGCCUUUUAUAAUGAUGCCGCCAAGUUUGACAGACAACCCUUUGGAAACGUCAGGAGGCAGCUCUGGCUAGCUCUGGACAAUCCCGGCUACUCUGUCUUGAGCCGAAUAUUUAGCGUCUUGUCAAUAGUGGUUGUUCUUGGUUCCAUUAUGACCAUGUGCCUGAACAGCCUCCCGGACUUCCAGCUGGUUGACAGCUAUGGGAAAGCCGAGGAAGAUCCGCGGUUUGAAAUUGUAGAACAUUUUGGCAUUGCAUGGUUCACAUUUGAGCUGAUGGCAAGAUUUGUGGUGGCUCCUGACUUCUUGAAGUUUUUCAAGCAUGCCCUGAAUCUGAUUGACCUCAUGUCCAUCCUGCCAUUUUACAUUACCUUAAUUGUUAACUUAGUUGUGGAAAGUAGCCCGGCUUUAGCAAAUUUAGGUAGAGUAGCCCAAGUCCUGAGACUAAUGAGGAUCUUUCGCAUCUUAAAACUUGCUCGGCAUUCAACUGGCCUCAGGUCUCUGGGGGCCACUUUGAAGUAUAGCUACAGGGAGGUAGGGCUUCUCUUACUAUACCUCUCUGUUGGAAUCUCCAUAUUCUCAGUAGUGGCUUAUACCAUUGAAAAAGAAGAAAACGAGGGCUUAGCCACCAUCCCUGCUUGCUGGUGGUGGGCUACAGUUAGCAUGACUACAGUUGGUUAUGGAGAUGUUGUCCCAGGGACCACUGCUGGCAAAUUGACAGCAUCUGCAUGCAUCCUAGCUGGUAUCUUGGUGGUAGUGCUUCCUAUAACGCUCAUCUUCAAUAAAUUCUCUCACUUUUAUAGGCGUCAGAAGCAGCUAGAAAGUGCCAUGAGGAGCUGUGAUUUUGGUGAUGGAAUGAAAGAGGUUCCAUCAGUCAAUUUAAGGGACUAUUAUGCUUAUAAAGUUAAAUCCCUUAUGGCCAGUUUUACCAAUCUGAGCAGGAGUACUCCCAGCGAACUAAGCCUAAAUGAUUCACUGCAUUAGACUGCAGGUCUGACAGCAGUUUGCAUGAUGUGCACCAAGAGCUGUGUUUAUAAACAUUUUCCUCUUCCUUGUUUUUUUUCUUCUAGCAUAUAGUGUUGCUGACAUUGCACUAACUUUGCACCUAACAGGAAAUUUAGAGUUUGCACAUUUCCAUCCUGUUGCAUAGAAACAAAAUGCUCAUUUUUUUAGACAAGUGUUACUGUGUCCAUGACGCUAGUGCUAGUGGUGCAGUGCUAGUUUGUUAUUUGCUUGUUUCCUUUAGAUGUCCUUGUGUGAGCAGAGAAAUGAGUUGAUCCAGGGGAAAACCCACAACUGUGAAAUUAACAAUGAAAUAAUCUGUUUUCACUUACAAUGAUGUGACAGCUCUUAAUAGCUGUACAUUUCCCAGUUAGUUUAAAGCCCUCACAAGGCAGAUUUUAAAAAGAGCAUUUUAAAGUAUCUGACACUAACUGCAAGUUAAAAACUUACCUGUGAAUAGUUUACAUAGUAACACAUUGCCAGCUUGUUAUGCCUGCUAAUACUAAUGUUAACCACGUCUGAAAACGCAAUUGAGUGUCGCAGUUCAGGGAAAACUGGCAUUUGUUCAAGAGCACAUGUAUUAAAGCACUGGGUGGUCUUUUGCAAUUAAACACCUAGUGAGAUUUUCAAAAGCAUUCGGCAUUGUCUAACUCUAAUUCCAGCCACAUCAGAAGAAAAAAUCCCAUUGCCCUCAUUGGGAGCAGAAAUAGGCCAAUACUGAGCACUUCUGAAAAACAUACCCAAAGCUUUUAAAUUAUGGGAGCUUUAAGGCCACAUUUUCAGAAGUGGCCUACAGCCCUUGGUGCUCGUUGACUUCAACUGGAGCUGCA